AUGGAUUUUGAAGCUGAAGUUUCCGAGUUUGAUGACCUGGUUCAGAAAAUGGAUUCCCUCCGUCGCCAGUUCCCGAAGGAAUGUCACCGUGCCAUUUUGGGCUUGAGUGAGCUGAAAGACCUGGGUGAAGCCAUGGGCGCCUUGAUAGACACCUUUGGUUCAGAUGCUUGCGUCUUUGCACUUCUCGUGGUACAAAAAAACUUUGGACCACAUCAGGGCGGAAACUUUGUCAAUAUUGGUAGUUAUAAGCAGCAGGAAAACGAGAUUCUCGACAUAUUGGCAAGGCUAUAUUGCAACGCGAAGUCGUUCCGUGGUGAAUUAAGGGUGAAAACUGAAGCGUUGCCCUUGUCACCAAUCGUACAAAAGGCCGUGACAUGCACCUUACAAAAGAACGAGCAAUUGAAAAGAGAAACCAAAGGCAUUGGCUUCGUUUCAUGCUUAUGCAUAAGCAACCUCCUAUCAAACGCACGAGUGAGAGAGCUGUUGGAUCAAUUUUCAUUCAGCGGGCUGUUCAGCGAACUUUUCCUCUGCAUCAAUGCUUUUCAAUACUUUGGGAUCGUGCGCCAUGACGAAGACGAUGGUGAGGAAGCUUCCGUCGAAGAUAUUGAUAGAGUGCUCCGCAUAUUACGAGAGGGAUCAGUAGAAGUGCUUCGAUGCUCAGCGGGAAGCGUACCUGUCGAGUUUACUCGUGGACUGAUCGAUAUAUUGAAAAAUGGACGCAUUCGUAAGCUUCAUUUCGAAUCAUUUUCAUGGAAUGAUGUAGAUGAUUCUGUGAGACAUUUGUGCACUGGUCUGAAGGCAUACAAGCAAACCAUCGAAUCAGAAGAUAAUGAAAUCGAUGGUCCUGGCCUAGAGUUUGUCGAAUUGAAAGAAAACAAUGGUCUCCCCGGGUGGAGAAGAGGGAAUGCCUGCAGUAUCGUCAAGGCGCUUGAAGGAAUUUCAUCACUUCGCCAUCUUCGUCUCCUCCUAGAUUCGGAAACAACCAAUGCAGUGAUUCAAUCAUUAUCCAAAGAUUUGUUGCUGCAUCCUCAAUGCAAGCUGAAAGAAUUAACUUUAGGGGGGAAAGGGAUUACAGCCGACGAUAGCGAAAGCUCGGAUGCGGCAUUGGCUGAAUUCUGUGAAGCCAUUGCGCAUUGCGGUUCGAUUCGAGCACUGAGGAUUUCUUGUUUGCCAUUUGAUAUCUCGAAACUAUCUGUAUUGUUCGACCAUAUGGCUUCUCCUGGCUGUCUCAUCGAACAAUUUCAUGUUGAAUGGACUGGAUUGGCCUUUACGCCCGACGAUAUUGCUGUCCUUGCAAAGUCUUUUGAGAAUACGAACCCAAAGCAUUCGCAACCUUCCCGUGUUCGACGUAUAUCGAGUCAUUGUGGGACGACACUUGUGAUGAACCAAGAAAGAUUUCGGCGAGAAGAAAGGUUUCGACAAAACCUGCAAACGAAUCUUACCUUGCUAAGGGACAAACUCCCAUAUCUCAUCUCAUGUGAGCCAUUUUCCUAUUGCUCCCUUCGGCACCACUUCCCCUGUGACGAUAAUACUCCAGGUUUUAUCAUUUCCAAUUUUGAUAUCAUUCAACAGAUUGGCCUUUGGGAAGAGCGCAAUCGAUGUGGGCGAGCCUUGCUGCUCGAAUCAGUGGCACCCACCGUCCCCACUGGAUUUUGGCCCACAGUCCUGGAAAGUGCUGACAAAAAGGCUUCUAUUCUCAACGACAAAGGGCCGUCUGUUGACGGAAUUCACUACUUGGUACAAGGUCUAAUCGCAGCUAAUGUAAUUAGUGGGGAUUCAUGGGGGUCAGCGGAAGGAAGACCACAGGAGGCAACCGAUUUAGUGCAACAUCGAAAAGAGGAGGGAAGUCGCCUCAAACGGCAACGAACUAGCUAG